UAAAAGCUUGACCUUCCCUUGGUCAAGGAUGGCGUUGACGAGACCAUAGGCGCCAACGCUGCUUCACUUCUCCAUACCGUUGUCCAAUUAAUUACUUACUGUAUGCACGAACCUUGGUCUACAAAUCUUGUGUUUUAAAAUCAUUGCUCACAGAUAGCCUUUAUAGUGACUGGCCGCUUAAUACAUCCCCUGCUUUGGCUUCUCUGCAGCUAGUCAAUUACCCCGAGUUGGCUCUGUGUCAAAAUGACCGCAAACCAGGUCGUACAGGGGUUCAGUGUCACCAACAGGUGGCUGCUCUACGCCAGCAUGAUGCUGACUCCAGCCCAGUUUGUUUCUGGAAUUGGCAACAAUUGUCCCAGCAACAUUGGCUUCUUAGCCUAUAACUGGUAUACACAAAUCCAAUGGUACCAAGCUGUACGAGCAAAACAACUUCACGCCCUUGCUCUAUUACCGGUCUACUUCAACUUCAUCUACGCCAUUACAUAUUUCGGCGGCAUCUCAUCGGGCAAUCUCAUCACCACGAUUAUUCUCACGCUAGGCUCAGCGGGUGUCAUGAUCCUAAAUACGGUUUCCGCCUGGGUGAGCUGGAAGACAAACCUCCCAGAAGGCAUCGGAGAAUACCAGUUUUUCUUCUUCGGAUGGAGAACUCUCACUAAAGGCUGGCACACGUUCUUCCUGCUCUGGCAGAUCGCCGAUUCCAUGUUGGCAUUCUCUUUCCUUAUUGGGGUUUUCCAGCUAGGUAUUGCUGCAUAUCAUUACCGCCAUUAUGGAGAGGAUGGGAAGAAGAUGCCGUGGUAUCUCAACAAGUACAUCCAGAUACCGCUAGGAUCCGCACUCAUGAUGUUGUUUUUCGGCUGGAUGCUUAUUCUUUGGACGGAACUUAUUGUUUCUCGGAACCACAUCCAGUCCGAGACGGAUAUGGUUGCGAUCUACCUCUUUAUUGCUCAGACCGUCGCCCUGGUCCUUCCCAGCGCAUCUACCGUAUUUGGGUGCAUUACAGGGCGGAAAAAGGAGCGCUCUCAGGAACCACCUCCACAGCAAGGUUAGUGAAAGUUC